ACUCGGAACCUCCUCCUCGCCCAGGCGCGCUCGGCCCGAGCGGCGGCGGCGGCGGCGGCCGAGGAAAAAAGAUGGCGGCGGGCUCGGAUCUGCUGGACGAGGUCUUCUUCAACAGCGAGGUGGACGAGAAAGUGGUGAGCGACCUGGUGGGCUCGCUGGAGUCGCAGCUGGCGGCCAGCGCGGCCCACCACCACCACCUCGCGCCGCGCACGCCCGAGGUGCGGGCCGCGGCCGCCGGCGCGCUCGGGAACCAUGUUGUGAGCGGCAGCCCGGCCGGAGCCGCGGGCGCAGGGCCGGCCGCCCCCGCCGAGGGCGCGCCCGGAGCGGCGCCGGAGCCGCCCCCCGCAGGUAGAGCGCGGCCGGGGGGCGGGGGGCCGCGGCGCCCGGGCCCCCCCUCACCGCGCCGCCCCCUUGUCCCCGCAGGGCCCGCGCCGCCCGCCGCGAAGCUGAGGCCGCCGCCCGAGGGCAGCGCGGGGGCCUGCGCCCCGGUGCCCGCCGCCGCCGCCGUCGCCGCGGGGCCCGAGCCCGCCCCCGCCGGCCCCGCCAAGCCCGCCGGCCCCGCCGCGCUGGCCGCCCGCGCCGGCCCCGGCCCCGGCCCCGGGCCCGGCCCCGGCCCCGGCCCUGGCAAGCCCGCCGGCCCCGGCGCCGCGCAAACUUUGAAUGGGAGCGCCGCGCUGCUGAACUCGCACCACGCCGCCGCACCUGCUGUCAGCCUGGUCAACAACGGGCCCGCCGCGCUGCUGCCGCUGCCCAAGCCCGCCGCCCCCGGCACUGUCAUCCAGACGCCCCCUUUCGUGGGCGCCGCCGCGCCCCCCGCGCCCGCCGCGCCCUCGCCCCCCGCCGCCCCCGCGCCCGCCGCCCCCGCCGCCGCCCCGCCCCCGCCACCCCCCGCGCCCGCCACCCUGGCCCGGCCGCCCGGCCACCCCGCCGGACCCCCGACCGCCGCGCCCGCCGUGCCGCCCCCCGCCGCCGCCCAGAACGGGGGCAGCGCCGGGGCAGCCCCCGCCCCCGCCCCGGCCGCCGGGGGCCCCGCGGGGGUCAGCGGCCAGCCCGGGCCCGGCGCGGCGGCUGCGGCGCCGGCGCCGGGGGUCAAGGCCGAGUCGCCCAAGACGGUGGUGCAGGCGGCGCCCCCGGCGGCGCAGACCCUGGCGGCCAGCGGCCCGGCCAGCACGGCGGCCAGCAUGGUCAUCGGGCCAACUAUGCAAGGGGCGCUGCCCAGCCCGGCCGCCGUCCCGCCGCCCGCCCCCGGGACCCCCACCGGGCUGCCCAAAGGCGCGACCGGCGCAGUGACCCAGAGCCUGCCCCGGACGCCCACGGCCACCACCAGCGGGAUUCGGGCCACCCUGACGCCCACCGUGCUGGCCCCCCGCUUGCCGCAGCCGCCUCAGAACCCGACCAACAUCCAGAACUUCCAGCUGCCCCCAGGAAUGGUCCUCGUCCGAAGUGAGAAUGGGCAGUUGUUAAUGAUUCCUCAGCAGGCCUUGGCCCAGAUGCAGGCGCAGGCCCAUGCCCAGCCUCAGACCACCAUGGCGCCUCGCCCUGCCACCCCCACAAGUGCCCCUCCCGUCCAGAUCUCCACCGUACAGGCACCUGGAACACCUAUCAUUGCACGGCAGGUGACCCCAACUACCAUAAUUAAGCAAGUGUCUCAGGCCCAGACAACGGUGCAGCCCAGUGCAACCCUGCAGCGCUCGCCCGGCGUCCAGCCUCAGCUCGUUCUGGGUGGCGCUGCCCAGACGGCUUCACUUGGGACGGCGACAGCUGUUCAGACGGGGACUCCUCAGCGCACGGUACCAGGGGCGACCACCACUUCCUCAGCUGCCACGGAAACUAUGGAGAACGUGAAGAAAUGUAAAAAUUUCCUAUCUACGUUAAUAAAACUGGCUUCAUCUGGCAAGCAGUCUACAGAGACAGCAGCUAAUGUGAAAGAGCUCGUGCAGAAUUUACUGGAUGGAAAAAUAGAAGCAGAAGAUUUCACAAGCAGGUUAUACCGAGAACUUAAUUCUUCACCUCAACCUUACCUUGUGCCUUUCCUGAAGAGGAGCUUACCCGCCUUGAGACAGCUGACCCCCGACUCCGCGGCCUUCAUCCAGCAGAGCCAGCAGCAGCCGCCACCGCCCGCCUCGCAGGCCACCACUGCGCUCACGGCCGUGGUGCUGAGUAGCUCGGUCCAGCGCACGGCCGGGAAGACGGCGGCCACCGUGACCAGUGCCCUCCAGCCCCCUGUGCUCAGCCUCACGCAGCCCACGCAGGUCGGCGUCGGCAAGCAGGGGCAACCCACACCGCUGGUGAUCCAGCAGCCUCCGAAGCCAGGAGCCCUGAUCCGGCCCCCGCAGGUGACGUUGACGCAGACACCCAUGGUCGCCCUGCGGCAGCCUCACAACCGGAUCAUGCUCACCACGCCUCAGCAGAUCCAGCUGAACCCACUGCAGCCAGUCCCUGUGGUGAAACCCGCCGUGUUACCUGGAACCAAAGCCCUUUCCGCUGUCUCGGCACAAGCAGCUGCUGCACAGAAAAAUAAACUCAAGGAGCCUGGGGGAGGUUCGUUUCGGGAUGAUGAUGACAUUAAUGAUGUUGCAUCGAUGGCUGGAGUAAACUUGUCAGAAGAAAGUGCAAGAAUAUUAGCCACCAACUCUGAAUUGGUGGGCACGCUAACGCGGUCCUGUAAAGAUGAAACCUUCCUCCUCCAAGCGCCUUUGCAGAGAAGAAUAUUAGAAAUAGGUAAAAAACACGGUAUAACGGAAUUACAUCCAGAUGUAGUAAGUUAUGUAUCACAUGCCACGCAACAAAGGCUACAGAAUCUUGUAGAGAAAAUAUCAGAAACAGCUCAGCAGAAGAACUUUUCUUACAAGGAUGACGACAGAUAUGAGCAGGCGAGUGACGUCCGGGCACAGCUCAAGUUUUUUGAACAGCUUGAUCAAAUCGAAAAGCAGAGGAAGGAUGAGCAGGAGCGGGAGAUCCUGAUGAGGGCAGCAAAGUCUCGGUCAAGACAAGAAGAUCCAGAACAGUUAAGGCUGAAACAGAAGGCAAAGGAGAUGCAGCAACAGGAACUGGCACAAAUGAGACAGCGGGACGCCAACCUCACAGCACUAGCAGCGAUCGGGCCCAGGAAAAAGAGGAAAGUGGACUGUCCGGGGCCGGGCUCGGGAGCAGAGGGGUCGGGCCCCGGCUCAGUGGUCCCAGGCAGCUCGGGUGUCGGAACCCCCAGACAGUUCACGCGACAAAGAAUCACGCGGGUCAACCUCAGGGACCUCAUAUUUUGUUUAGAAAAUGAACGUGAGACAAGCCAUUCACUGCUGCUCUACAAAGCAUUCCUUAAGUGACACAGGAGGACGCCUGGGGACUUUUUAUAUAUUUGCAGAUUACGCCUUUUUGUAACAAGCAAAUGGGAUAUUGUUUAAAAAACAGCCACCUCUUUACAAUGGAACAGUUUUAUAUUCCUGUUUCUAAAUCAGCUCUUCAGUGUGAAAGAAAACACGUUUCUGUAACAGAGAGAACACAAAGGCCUGUGGAUACUCUUAAAGGACAACUAAAUCUUAACUCAUCUUGAUUGAGUGGCCUUCUUGCCAAACAAGCCAUAUAUAAAGACUGAUGGAAUCGUUAGCAAAUAAUUAGCUGCCCUCUGUCAACUCAUAGCAGUUUCUGCAUUAUUUGUGCAUUUUGGUUUAGUUCUACCUAACUUACUAUGUAGGUGUAUGUCUACAGCCGAUGACCUCAUUUCGUUUAUUUUAUUUUUGUAAUAGUCAGUUGGCAAAGCAAACUGAUUUUUUAGACUAUUUAUCUUCCUUCCCUUCCCCUCCCACCCCGCUCUCCUCUCUGCCCCCUGCCCUCCCCUCCUCUCCCUUCCCCUCCACUCCGCUGAGAAUCCUGGAGGAAUACACAAUUCAUCGUUGCACCCCCACCUCAGAGUGUAAUUGCAUUUCUGCUUGGUAGAGGCCGAGCCCAGCAAAGGUGGCUCCUUCUGAAUGUGUGGUCAGCAUCUGUACAAAUGCAUUUUAUUUGCUAUAGUUUGUAAAGCUGUAAAGUUAAAAGAGAUGAAAACCUUUUCAGCAUAAAUAUAUUUUACUUGCACUGUGUUUUUUAGCUAAAAGUGAAAACCUAGAUUAAAUAAAAUCAAAGUUGAGAAGAAUCAUCAAAAGACUGUUUCUCGGUGUGAAUCAAGUGUUGAAAAAUGGUUGGUGUAUUUUGUCAGUAAUUGUACAUAACUUUUGGCACAUGACAUAGAAAUGGCUAUGUAAACUAUAAUUAUUUUGCUAAGAGACUGUAUGCAAGCCUUGGGCCGACUUUACAGACGUCCAGAGCAAAGCCCCUUCUUUGUACCUAUUUUUUUAUUACAAAUAUACUAAUUGGUUCUUUCUAUUUUCAGAGGUUAUUGUAUGAAAUUGUCUAUUGAUAGUACUUUUAUGACUGUAAAUACUCCGGCUUUCUCCGUGUGAAUUCUCACAUUAGACUUUAAUUCGAGCGCGUGUGAACUGAACGCUGAUCAGUAUUUUUUAUCAACACCUGAGAACUGUUACACCUUUUAUUUUGUCUUUUAGGAAAUCCCUGUCUUUCCAUUUUUUCAUGUAAAUUUUGCACAGUUACUUGUUCAUAUGUAAAUAUUUUACUUUCAAAAAUGAAGUUUUUAAUUGCUAUUGUUUUAUAUAGGAUUGAAAGAAAAUUAACUCCUUUAUUAAAAACAAAUUUAUCUGUA